AUAGAAGAAAAGGCUGUUGGCGCAACCAAGACUGUGGCAGCUGUCUCAAAAGCAAGUAUGGCUGUGGAUGGUGCCCGAGUUUCCACCUGCGUCCCCACAACCGGAAACCUGCUUUCCCCAAUCAACCACCCAAUUUGUCCACUAGCCUCUGAACGCUACGAAUUGCGUACUGCAGCACUGGGAUGUAAAUGCAGUACCUAUACCUUACUCAGCAUCAUCAUUACUGUGUUUUGCACUAUUGGAGUUUUGGUGUUGGUGUCGCUUGUGCUGUGGUUGCUCAAAUGGUGGGGAAGGACGAUGAGAUCGGGGGGUUGGGAGAUUGUGGUUGAGGAGGAUGGGAGGGUGAGGCAGGGGACUUGGAGGAGAGGGAGUUUGUGGCCUAGGUGGAUGGUUGCGAGGAGGUGA